AUGGAGGAGCACCCCGACGUCGGCGGUGACACUGCCUGGGUCUCCCAAUGUGGACUUUAUGACGCUCUCAGCGACGCCAUGAAAAAGUUCGUUGACGGACUGCACGCAGUACACACCUCACGGCUACAAUACGACACAAUCUUGGACCUGUGGGGUACUGGUCCAAACCGGCCUCCCAUCGAUUCACACCAUCCGGCUGUUAGGACCCAUCCAGUCUCCGGUCUCAAGGCGCUGAAUGUCAAUCCAGGCUUUGUAACCGCCUUCGCUGAGCUCAAGAAGUACGAGUCUGACAAACUUUUGGACUUUUUCUCGUACCACAUCCACUCUGCCGACGAUCAUGCUGUUCGGUGGAAGUGGGAAGUGGGCAGCGUGGCCAUGUGGGAUAAUAGAUGUACAAUUCAUCGUGUUAUCCCGGGGACUUACGAUGAACCGCGUAAGGGUAUUAGAACAACCGUAUUUGGUGAGAAGCCCUACUUCGACGUGAGCAGCGAAAGUAGACAAGAGCGGGUAUCAAGAUUAAGCACUCAGCCAAGCUGA